GUCCGCCCUGGGGUUGGUGCGCUGUGCCCCGAGUGGCGCGCGGAGCUUCCUCCCGGUCCGGACCCAGCGGUGGACACGAUGGCUGGCGCCGUGCUGAGGGUCGCCAGGCGGCAGCUGAGCCAGCGCAGCGGGGCUGGAGCCCCCGUGCUCCUGCGGCAGCUGUUUGAGCCCAACAGUUGCACCUACACGUACCUGCUGGGGGACAGAGAGUCUCGAGAGGCAGUCCUGAUCGACCCGGUUCUGGAAACGGCUUCUCGGGAUGCCCAGUUGGUCAAGGAGCUGGGGCUGCGGCUGCUGUAUGCAGUGAAUACGCACUGCCAUGCUGACCACAUCACCGGCUCAGGGCUGCUGCGGACCCUGCUUCCUGGCUGCCAGUCCGUCAUCUCCCGCCUCAGUGGGGCCCAGGCCGACCUGCACAUUGAGGACGGGGACUCCAUCCGCUUUGGACGCUUCGCGUUGGAGACUCGGGCCAGCCCCGGCCACACCCCAGGCUGUGUCACCUUCGUCCUGGAUGACCACAGCAUGGCCUUCACAGGAGACGCCCUGUUGAUUCGCGGCUGUGGACGGACGGACUUCCAGCAAGGCUGUGCUAAGACCUUGUACCACUCAGUCCAUGAGAAGAUCUUCACACUGCCAGGGCACUGUCUGAUCUACCCUGCUCACGAUUACCAUGGGCUCACGGUGUCCACUGUGGAGGAGGAGCGCACUCUGAACCCACGACUCACCCUCAGCUGUGAGGAAUUUGUGAAGGUCAUGGACAACCUCAACCUGCCCAAACCUAAGCAGAUAGACUUUGCCGUGCCAGCCAACAUGCGCUGUGGGGUACAGAGCCCCCCGUCCUGACAACAUGCGCUGUGAGGUCCCUGUAUCCGUUAUGAAUGUACUUGAUGAGAGGGGGGAGGGUGAUGGGGAAGAGCUGCCCCCCAGCCUCCCCUUCUCCCCCUCCUCACUCUCCCAUGAGCCCUUAGGGCUUCUCAAAUAAAGCCUCUUUUGGGUUUUG